ACCGAAUCAGCUGGAUAUGAAGUAGCGGGGGAUAAAGGCGCGGACCGGUUCGCACCGGUUUGUGUUGAUGGUAUAUAAUUUAUGCUAGCGGCGCUAGGUGCCGGGUACAGAAUGUUAUGAACCAAGCAAGCCGCUCACAUUGCCGCUUACCGGCUCUGCCUCGGUAAAAUGGAGUACGACGCGGCGCUGGAGCACCUCGGCCGCUGCGGCCGCUUCCAGAAAAUCACCGCCAUCGCUAUGUCUCUAGUCGGCAUCCCAGCCGGCUUUAACAUGGUAGCGAUGACUUUUCUGGGGGCUAUGACUGACCACCGCUGCCGGCUGCACGACAACAGCCGGGGGUGGGCAAACGUGACAGAGGGACUGAACGCCAGUAUACCCUGGGAGAAUGUCGGGGGAACUUGGAGGCUGAGCCAGUGCAAUAUGUACGAGGAUCCGAUAGGAGCUGAGACAGGAGAGCGGAACGCCACCAUAGAGACCUGCAAGUAUGGCUGGGUGUACGACCGCAGCCAGUACAGCAGCAGCAUCGUCACUGAGUUCGACCUGGUGUGCAACAAGGCGUGGCUGACUGAGCUGGCACAGUCCAUCUACAUGUCGGGGGUGUGUUUGGGCGCCGUCUUGUUCGGGGCUCUGUCCGACAGGUACGGCCGGCGCCCUAUCCUACUGCUCUGCCUGAGUGUCCAGAUCCCUCUCAUGUUCGCCGUCGCCUUCGCGACGGAUUACGUCACCUUCGUCACUCUUCGGUUCAUCAUCGGGGCCACGAUGAAUGGCUUCCUCUACUCGGGUAUCGUUAUCGGUACAGAGGUGGUGAACACGUCCAUGCGCACACUGUUCGGCAUGUCCGUGCCUUUCACCAUGGCCAUCAGCUACAUCCUGCUGGGCGCGCUGGCCUACUGCUUCCGCGACUGGCGCACCCUCCAACUCGCCAUGUCCGUCCCGCUCAUCCUGUUCCUGUCGUACUGGUGGUUGGCACCCGAGUCUCCCCGCUGGCUGAUAACCAAUCACAAGGCAGAGGAGGCGAAGGCGGUCAUCAGGAAGGCGGCCAAACAAAAUGGCGUCGAGAUUCCAGAGAAAAUCUACGAACUCAUCGACAACAAAGCCGGGGAACAGGGUUCCGAUGCCCAUGACUGUGGACCACGGACCUACACAAUGCUGGACCUGAUGCGCACACCCAAACUGAGAUCCACAACCAUACUGAUAUCCAUCAACUGGUUCGUCCUCUCUGCCGUCUACUAUGGUCUCUGCGUGGGAACCGCGACUCUGGCCGGGGACCACUACGUCAACUUCAUCACCAGCGCAUGCGUGGAGCUUGUGGGCGUGUUCCUGGCGUGGUUCACCAUGGAGCGGUGCGGCAGGAAGCUGCCCUCCGUGGUCUUCAUGCUGCUGGGCGGCUGCGCAUGCGCCGCAACUGCCGCUGUACCGGAGAACUACCGUAUGAUCUCUACCGUGCUGGCCAUGGUGGGGAGGUUCGGCAUCAGCGUCAGCUUCAACGUCUUCUACGUGUACUCUGCAGAGGUGUUCCCAACUGUCGUAAGAAACAUGGGGCUGGGUGUGGCGACCAUGUUGGCUCGGGUGGGCGGUAUCAUUGCACCGUUCGUGUACCUGCUGGCGGACACCUGGCGGCCCCUCCCCCUGCUCACCUUCGGCAUCAUGUCCAUCUUCGCCGGCCUCACCAUGCUGACCAUGCCGGAAACGCUGGGGAAACCGCUGCCAAACACCAUUGCCUCCGUGGAGAACGUUAGCCAACUGCCCCCGCCCAUACUGGUGCCGGAUGGAGUGGUGCUCCCGGGCGACUCCGACAAACCACUGGUCGUCUUCCAGAAACUCACAGUGAUGUAGACAUGGACGCAUCUUCAAAAGGAAAACAAUACAGAUAUAACCUACAGAUCUAAAGGAUUCUUCAACAUUACACAGAUGAAGGUUAUCGUAUAUCCCUUAACAAUAACCAUUGGCUAGUUGGGUAACCUUAAUUGGCUGAUUGUACAGCCAAACAGAUAAAUCAAUAAAUUCAUAAUGAAAAAUGUAUGUAUUGGCAACACCUUUCCUGUGACAUAAUGAGUGCAGGGGCCAUAGGUUGAGUUAUCUAAAACUUUAGACCUUCAGUGAAACAUGGCGACAGAUAACGUUAGCAGUAUCAAAAUAGACCACCGAAUGUCACCUUGGUCAAAGCUACUUAUGUGUGUUUUACAACUUGUACUGUACUUGGGUACAAAGGUAUAGUGUUUACGGAUUUUCAUCAAAUUAUCUCAACUCUUACUGGUCUUUCCUGUAAAAUAUACUAUCACUGAGACUUUGUUGCAUUGCUUCUUAGAGAUGCUGUUUGUACAUACCAUGUAUUAAUGAAUCAGUAUUAUUUUAUCGGAGAAAAGUGAGAUGUGAAUUGCCAUAAAAUUGGAAUUUUCCAUUCUGCAACGGUUGUUCCGAUUGGAAGUUGCCAAGAGAAAGUUAAGAUAUUGGUGUA